UCUCUCUCCGAUACUCGCCGUGCCCAAACCGAAACUCUCUCUCUCUCUCUCUCUCGCGUGCUCCCAAACCCUAGCCGCACCAAGACCCCGCCCCGCGCGACCGACCCAGCGGACGAACCCAUGGCCGCGGAGAACUACUGGAGGUACGCCGACGCGCGGCAGCAGCAGCAGGCCAUGGUGGCCGCCGCGGCCGCCGCGGCGGGCAUGGCGCCGGCUGCCACCGUGGCGCAGGCAACCGCCGCCGCCGCGGGCAUGCACCAGCACCAGCACCAGCACCAGCAGUCCGCCUUGGCGCAGCAGCAGCAGCAGCAACAGUCCGCCGCGCCCUCGCUCAAGCGCGCGCGCCCCGACUACGGCGACGGACCUGGAGGACAAGAGAUGGCUGGAUAUUAUCCACGUGAAAAUGCGGGCUACCUACUCAGAGACAAUGAGGCAAUUGGAGCAUCUUAUGACCGCUACUUACGCAAUGGGAUGUCUUCUGUCACGGCCAAUGAACCCAGUAGGGCAGCUGUUGGUGGAUUGGGUGGCGGUGCGAUGGUUGGUGGUGGAAUGGGUGGAUUUCCUAUUGAUGAUCGCCGUAUGAUGGGUGCCAUUGGUAUGGACAGAGGCAUGGGGUUCGGUGGAGCCAGGCCUGAGCCCCCUCUCCCACCAGACGCGUCCAACACUUUAUAUAUUGAAGGCCUGCCUGCAAACUGCACUCGUCGGGAGGUUUCACAUAUAUUCCGCCCUUUUGUAGGUUUUCGUGAAGUGAGGCUUGUCAACAAGGAGUCAAGACAUCCUGGUGGAGAUCCUCAUGUCCUGUGUUUUGUUGAUUUUGAUAGCCCUGCCCAAGCUACAAUUGCACUUGAAGCUUUGCAAGCCGCCAUGUGGUAUGGACAGUUGGCCACCACGUUCUGCAAGUGAGGUGCAACCUGGUUGAAUCCUUUAUGUACCAACUCUUAUGCUAGUCCGUACUAGCAGUGGACUCGAGGGAAGAAGGAAGCCGCAAGACAUGUGGAAUUGUGGAGACCGGAGAACCGCAAAAGAAACAACAGAGCUAAACAUUGCAUAUCUUACUUGAUGCUUGUUACAUCGGUUAGCGGGGCGUGUACCCCUCCGAUGCAACGAUUGUCUCACCAUGCUUCUGACAGUGGCGACCAAAGUUGCUAGAGAGAAAGAAGGCAAUGCAGUGAUGACCUCGCCGCCGACGGGGACGACGUGACUGGCUACAACGUAGCUGACUAGGCAAGGAAUGGACCUCACCAUAAACGUGGACGACACGACAAGCCGCGACAUCGCCUAGGAGGCGAGGAAGAAAACAUUAGGGUUUUAGGGUAGGGUGCAGUGGCUGGCAACUUAAUGUUCGGGUGGUGGUGUUGGGACCUUGCCGGAACCGAAGAAGAAACAUUGCAUGUGAAAUUUAUCAUUUAUUUUCUUAUUUGGAUGUAAUAAGAAAUAUAACAUUAUUAUACUGCAAUAUUAUUAUUUUCUAUA